UUAAUAUCCAUCUGUGUAUUUUUUUGAUAUGGAAUUUAGAUAUGGAUUUUGUAUUUGGAAUUACUAAAAAUAUAGUAAAGGUUAAAGUCCAUUGUUUUAAUAUUGUUGAAAUCAUUAAUAAUAUAUACUUUCAUUUUGUGUUGUGUUUCAUCUUUGUUGAUCAUAGAUAUGCCUUUAAAAGGUAUAAAAAUAUUAGAAUUAGCUGGGCUCGCACCAGGUCCUUUUUGUGGAAUGAUAUUAGCUGAAUUUGGUGCCUCUGUAAUUAAAAUAGAUAAGUUACAUGGGUCUUACAGUGAUUUUCUAAAUCAUGGGAAAAGAUCAAUUGCAUUAAAUUUAAAAACUGACGAAGGCUCGAAUAUAUUCAAAAAAUUGUGCAAUCAAAGUGAUGUACUUAUAGACCCUUAUAGACCUGGAGUGAUGGAAAAAUUAAAAUUGGGACCAGAAGAACUUAUGAGAACAAAUAACAGAUUGAUAUUUGCUAGAUUAACAGGAUUUGGUCAUAAUGGACCUUAUGCUAAUAUGGCUGGACACGAUAUAAAUUUUUUAGCUUUAUCUGGUUUAUUAUCAUUAUUUGGACGUCACAAUCAGAAACCAACACCACCAAUUAAUUUCGCAGCUGAUUUUGCUGGUGGUGGAUUAAUGUGUGCUUUUGGUAUAGUACUAGCAUUGUUUGAACGUAACAGAAGUGGAAUUGGUCAAAUAAUUGAUGCAUCAAUGGUAGAUGGAUCUGCAUAUGUAGGCAGUUGGUUUUUUAGAUCUCAGAAUGUGUAUGGGUUAUGGGGAAACCCCCGUGGUAAAAAUAUAUUGGACUCUGGAACACAUUUUUAUGAUACUUAUGAAACAAAAGAUGGACAAUAUAUGUGUGUUGGAGCAAUUGAAUCUGGAUUUUAUGAGAUAUUUUUAAAAAAACUUGGAAUUGCAUUAGAUGAAAUGCCACAAUUUAGUAAUUUUGAAGAAAGUCGUGAAAAAUUAGAAAAGAUAUUCAAACAAAAAACUCAAGCAGAAUGGUGCACCAUAUUUGAUGGUUCAGAUGCUUGUGUAACACCCGUUUUAAAUUUAAAAGAUGCUGCAUCACAUACACAUAAUAAAGAAAGAAAUACGUUUAAAAUUGAAGAUAACGGUUUAAUAACACCAAAUCCUGCUCCUCGUUUAUCUCGUACUCCUGGAAUGUCCAAAGGAUAUCAACAGAAUCCUGAAGUAGGUGAGCAUACUACAGAAAUUCUUACUGAAUUAGAUUUUAAACCUGAAAAAAUUGCUAGUUUAAUAGCAAAUGGUAUUGUUAAUCAAAGAAUAAAACGUUCUAAACUCUAAGUGUCAUUUAUUCUUAUUAAAAUAUUUACAUACAUUUGUUAAAUCAUGUCAGAUUAUAUAACUAUAAUGUUUU